AUUUUCGUUACUCCUGACUUGCGGCAUGUUUUUCAAAACGGCGUAGCUAAAUUAGCUAGUAGACGAUGAAUUAAGCUAAUUAUAUGUUUGUAUCACAAUGUCAACACACUCAAGCUUCUAUCGGUUACAUCUUUAAAGUAGAAGGAAUCUUCUGAUAUUGUUGUCUGCCGCAAUGGAAAGUGAUAUUUUAGAUGCGCUGGAACAAGUCGGGUAAGCAAGUCAGCACAACAACAACACCACUGAUGAUGCUGCUCGGUUAGGGUUAAGGUAGCAUGGGUGUUGACAACAUAACAGUGUUGGGGAGUAGUGAACUACAUGUAGUUCAACUAGUAAUUUAAUUACAUUUGCAGUAUCUUGGUGGUAGUUUAACUAAAUUCAAAUAUAGGUAGCUAGCUAACUUUAGUGUUUCAAUUACUUUUUUUGCCAUGUAGCGGUGUAGCUAGCUAACUUCUGGAACUGCACGCUACUUUUUUGUGCAAAAAUAAAAUCUGGGUGAAUUAGGCAAUCAUUUCCUUUCUCUUUCGGCAUCAGACCGGCCCAAUUCUCACUUCAAACAUAGUUUUUGUGUUUAAAUGGGCUGAAUAGAGCCCCACAGUGGAGGAAUAAUAAUACCCAUAAAACCUAGCGGUCAAACAGGCAAAUGGAUCCAAUUGUUUAUUUGUUUUUGGUUCCAAUUGUUUUUCCACCAUACAUUUUUCCCAUAGGGGAUUUUAGUAAAAACUUUAAAUAAGGGCUGUGUUUUGUGUAGGCGUACCCUGGCGUGACGUUUUGAUAACCAUGUACAUGUCUCUCGGACAAGGUGACUUUUAUCAAUAUAUUCGGCUCUAUUAACUCUGAUUCGAAAAUGCUAAUUAGCAUGAAAGUAGACCAUGCAAAACUACAAAUCCCUGCAAGCUCCCUCACGUCAUCUUUAGCAGACACCUUUGCUAACAGGUAUUGUGUCAGUUCACAGAAUUGUCAAUUUAAAGAGAUGUUGCCAAUUUAUUCAUUACUACAUUUAGCUAACAUUAGUUAAUCCAGAGAUUCUUACAUUUGCCUAGAUUCUGCAGUCUAGUCCAUAUCAUCAUGGCAUUUGUAGUUCUAUAUGAUAGUGACAUUAGCAGUUAAUUAGCAUUUCAUUUUGGGGGGGUAAAUACAGGUGAAUAUAUUGAUAAAAGUCACCUUGUCCUAGAGAGAUUUACACGGUUAUCAAAACGUCACGCAAGGGUAAGCCUACACGAAACACAGCCCUUAUUUAUAAAAAUUAAUGGUGAAAAAACGAUUGGAACCAUUUCCCUGUUUGACCGCUAGGUUUGAUGUGUAUUAUGACUCAUACUGUGGUACUCUAUUACACUUUCUGUUAACAUAUGACCCCAAAGUGUUUUUGAUUUACAUAUGAUAAUUUUUCACUAAGUAGUUUGGAUGUAGUGAACUACUUUUUCAUAGUAGCUUUAGUUAAGUAAAUUAUAUUUACUAUAGCUUUAGUGUAGCUUAACUUCGUCCAGUGUGAAGUAAUUGGUAGCUUGGUAAACUAUAUUUUCAGAGUAGCUUCCCCAACACUGCAAUAUACACUGAACAAAACUAUAAACGCAACAUGUAAAGUGUUGGUCCCAUCUUUCAUGAGCUGAAAUAAAAGAUCCCAGAAAUGUUCCAUAUGCACGAAAAGCUUAUUUCUCUGAAAUGUUCUGCACAAAUGUGUUUACAUCCCUGUUAAGGAGCAUUUCUCCUUUGCCAAGAUAAUCCAUCCACCUGACAGGUGUGGCAUAUCAAGAAGCUGAUUAAACAGCAUGAUCAUUACACAGGUGCACCUUGUGCUGGGGACAAUAAAAGGCCACUCUAAAAUGUGCAGUUUUGUCACACAACACAAUGCCACAGAUGUCUCAAGUUUUGAGGGAGUGUGCAAUUGGCAUGCUGACUGCAGGAAUGUCCACCAGAGCUGUUGCCAGAGAAUUGAAUGUUCAUUUCUCUACCAUAAGCUAACUCCAAUGUUGUUUUAGAGAAUUUGGCAGUACGUCCAACCGGCCUCAUAACCGCAGACCACGUGUAUGGCGUCGUGUGGUUGAGCGGUUUGCUGAUAUCAACGUUGUGAACAGAGUGCCCUGUCGUGGCGGUGGGGUUAUGGUAUGGGCAGGCAUGAACUACAGACAACAAACACAAUUGCAUUUUAUCGAUGGCAAUUUGAAUGCACAAAAAUACAGUGACGAGAUCCUGUGACCCAUUUUGAGGCCCAUUUUCUUUAAGGUAUCUGUGACCAACAGAUGCAUAUCUGUACUCCCAGUCGUGAAAGCCAUAGAUUAGGGCCUAAUGAAAAUAUUUCAAUUGACAUUUCCUCAUAUGAACUGUAACUCUGGAAAAUAAAGGAAAUGGUUGUAUUUUAUAUUUCUGUUCAGUAUACUUAGCUAGUGUAGUCGUUCUAGACAGCGGUAUAAAAAUAUUAUGGACUUUGCUUAUUCCCUCGCAAAUGCAUCCAUGCAACAUCCAAGUGCUAUCAUAGCUAUGAUUCUAUGCUAGCGUACAGCUAGAUAAUUUUGUUGUUUGUUGGUGCGCAGGUAUGACGGACCUCUGCAGAAUGAGGAGACGCUUGUCAGAGCAUGUGAAGGUGGACUGUCAUCACCUGAGUAUGUCAACCUAUGCAUGUGGUUAGCAUCCCGUCUGAAACCGUUAUGUGAUCUGGAAGAGAGCAUUACGUCAGGUUCAGGUGAGCCAAAAGACAUCACCUCUCACUGUCCCAUUUGAUCGACAUUUGUUUUGUUAAAUCAGAUACUAUUGCUAUGUUAAUUCUGAAACGUGUGUUUAGGUGACACUGAUGGCCUUCAGUUUGAGAUGAGUGGCAUGCUGAAGGAGUUGCAGUGCCCCUAUCAAGGCCUUGUCUCCGGGAUUCUACAGGGAGGGCUGCAGAAUAAUAAAGAAUAUCUAAAGCUAGCAUGUAAGUAUUGAAUUUGCCAUCUGUCCAGAAUACUGGCCUGAGUACCAUCAUGUUAUGAUACCCUUUUUGGUAUGUUGCGGCUCUGUAAUAGUUCAGACAAAUGUUAUUGGUCGCAUACACAUAUUUAGCAGAUGUUAUUGCGGGUGUAGCGAAAUGCUUGUGUUCCUAGCUCCAAAAGUGCAGUAGUAUCUUAACAAUUCACAACAAUACACACAAAUCUAAAAGUAAAACAAUGGAAUGAAGAAAUAUACAGUACCAGUCAAAAGUUUGGAUACACCUACUCAUUCAAGGGUUUUUCUUUAUUUUUACUAUUUUCUACAUUCUAGAAUAAUAGUGAAGACAUCAAAACAAUGAAAUAACACAUAUGGAAUCAUGUAGUAACGAAAAUGUGUUCAACAAAUCAAAAUAUAUUUUAGAUUCUUCAAAGUGGCCACCCUUUGCCUUGAUGACAGCUUUGCACACUCUUGGCAUUCUCUCAACCAGCUUCACCUGGAAUGCUUUUCCAACAAUUUUGAAGGAGUUCCCAGAUAUGCUGAGCACUUGUUGGCUGCUUUUCCUUCACUCUGCGGUCCAACUCAUCCCAAACCAUCUCAAUUGGGCUGAGGACGGGUGAUUGUGGAGGCCAGGUCAUCUGAUGUAGCACUCCAUCACUCUCCUUGGUCAAAUAGCCCUUAAACAGCCUGGAGGUGGGUUUUGGGUCAUUGUCCUGUUGAAAAACAAAUGAUAGUCCCACUAAGCGCAAACCAGAUGGGAUGGCGUAUCGCUGCAGAAUGCUGUGGUAGCCAUGCUGGUUAAGUGUGCCUUGAAUUCUAAAUAAAUCACCAACAGUGUCACCAGCAACGCACCAUCACACCUCCUCCUCCAUGCUUCACGGUGGGAACCACACAUGCGGAGAUCAUCCGUUCACCUACUCUGCAUUUCAUAAAGACACGGCGGUUGGAUCCAAAAAUCGCAAAUUUUGACUCAUCAGACCGAAGGACAGAUUUCCACUGGUCUAAUGUCCAUUGCUCGUGUUUCUUGGCCCAAGCAAGUCUCUUCUUGUUAUUGGUGUUCUUUAGUAGUGGUUUCUUUGCAGCAAUUUGACCAUGAAGGCCUGAUUCACGCAGUCUCCUCUGAACAGUUGAUGUUGAGAUGUAUCUGUUACUUGAACUCUGUGAAGCAUUUAUUUGGGCUGCAAUCUGAGGUGCAGUUAUUCUAAUGAACUUAUCCUCUGGAGCAUAUGUAACUCUGGGUCUUCCUUUCCUGUGGCGGUCCUCAUGAGAGCCAGUUUCAUCAUAGCGCUUGAUGGUUUUUGCAGCUGCACUUGAAGAAACUUUCAAAGUUCUUGAAAUGUUCCGCAUUGACUGACCUUCAUGUCUUUAAGUAAUGAUGGACUGUCAUUUCUCUUUGCUUAUUUGAGCUGUUCUUGCCAUAAUAUGGACUUGGUAUUUUACCAAAUAGUGCUAUCUUCUGUACACAACCCCUACCUUGUCACAACACAACUGAUUGGCUCAAACGCAUUAAUUUGUGGAAUUUCUUUCCUUCUUAACUUUUAAGAAGGCACACCUGUUAAUUGAAAUGCAUUCCAGGUGACUACCUCGUGAAGCUUGUUGAGAGAAUACCAAGAGUGUGCAAAGCUGUCAUCAAGGCAAAGGGUGGCUACUUUGAAGAAUCUCAAAUAUAACAUAUAUUUGGAUUUGUUUAACACUUUUUUGGUUACUACAUGACUCCAUAUGUGUUAUUUCAUAGUUUUGAUGUCUUCACUAUUAUUCUACAAUAUAGAAAAUAGUAAAAAAUAAAGACAAACCCUGGAAUGAGUAGGUGUCCAAACUUUUGACCGGUACUGUAUAAAUAUUAGGACGAGCAAUAUCAGUGGCAUUGACUAGAGUACAGUAGAAUACAGUAUAUACAUAUGAAAUGAGUAAACAGUAUUUAAAUAUUAUUAAAGUGACCAGUAAUUCCAUGUUUAUGUACAUAGGGCAGCAGCCUCUAAAGUGCAGGGUUGAGUAACCGGUUAGUAGCAGGCUAGUGACAGUGACUAAGGGCAGGGUACUGGGUGGAGGCCGGCUAGUGAUGGCUAUUUAACAGUCUCUCGGUCCCAACAGAAGCAGUUUUUCAGUCUCUUGGUCCCAGCUUUGAUGCACCUGUGCUGACCUCGCCUUCUAGAUGAUAGCGGGGUGAACAGUCCGUAGCUCGGGUGGUUUAUGUCUUGAGUUUUCAUUUUGCAUUUGCAUUUUUUACCUGUGGCUCCUAUCUUUAUUCUGCAGUGUUUUUAUGCUCCGAGCUACAAGCUGCGCAGAUAGUAAAGAGACGACCUGCUGAGGACAAAGAACACAAAGACAGAAACGAUCUCCAGGCAAUCUGUGAAACACUGAAGCUCCCAGAGCCAAGAGAGCAUGGAGUAGCAGAGCUGUUCUCUGGGAUAGGGAAAAAGGUGUGUUCACUUCCUCUCUUAGCUCAGAAGGUCUGGUAUACCAAAGCUGCAAAAACGUCCUUAAUUAACCCAAUAGGCCUCCUGUAGCUCAGUUGGUAGAGCAUGGUGCUUGCAAUGCCAGGGUUGUGGGUUUGAUUCCCACGGGGGGGCAGUAUGAAAAACGUGUGCACUCACUAACUGUAAGUCGCUCUGGAUAAGAGCGUCUGCUAAAAUGACAAAAAUAAUAAGUCUGUGAGAAAGUCCUGAAUGCAUAGCCAUCGAUUUUAUCAUUGUCUUUGUAUUCAAUGGAUGCAUUGUAUUGUAUCCUGUAGUGCCUUCAGAAAGUAUUUUUCCACAUUUUGUUGUGUUACAGCCUGAAUUUAAAAUGGAUUAAAUUGAAAUUUUGUUCGUCACUGGCCUACACACAAUACCCCAUAAUGUCGAAGUAGGAAUUAUGUUUUUUGAAUUUUUUACAAAUUAAUUAAAAAUGAAAAGCUGUAAUGUCUUCAGUCAAUAAGUAUUCAACCCCUUUGUUAUGGCAAGCCUAAAUAAGUUCAGGAGGAAAAAUGUGCUUAAGAAGUCACAUAAAUUGCAUGGACUCAAUUUGUGUGCAAUAAUAGUGUUUAACAUGAUUUUUGAAUGACUACCUCAUCUCUGUACCCCACACAUACAGUUAUCUGUAAGGUUCCUCAAUCGAGCAGUGAAUUUCAAACACAGAUUCUACUACAAAGACCAGGGAUGUUUUCCAAUGCCUCGCAAAGAAGGGCACCUAUUAGUUGAUGGGUAAAAAAAAAAGCAGACAUUGAAUAUCCCCUUUGAGCAUGGUGAAGUUAUUAAUUACACUUUGGAUAAUGUAUCAAUACACCCAGUCUCUACAAUGAUACAGGCAUCCUUCCUAACUCAGUUGCCGGAGAGAAAGGAAACCGCUCAGGGAUUUCACCAUGAGGCCAAUGGUGACUUUAAAAUAGUUCGAAAUUAAUGUCUGUGAUAGGAGAAAACUGAGGAUGGAUCAACAACAUUGUAGUUAUGCCACAAUACUAACCUAGUUGACAGAGUGAAAAGAAGGAAGCUUGUACGAAAUAUAAAAUAUUCCAAAACAUGCAUUCUGUUUGCAACAAGCCAGUUAAGUAAUACUGCAAAAAAUGUAGCAAAGCAAUGAACUUUUUGUCCAAAAUACAAAGUGAUAUGUUUGGGUCAAAUCCAAUACAACACAUUACUGAGUACCACUCUCCAUAUUUUCAAGUGUAGUGGUGGCUGCAUCAUGUUAUGUGUAUGCUUGUAAUCGUUUAGGAAUGGAACUAAGCACAGGCAAAAUCCUAGAGAAAAACAUGGUCAGUCUGCUUUCCACCAGACACUUGGAGAUUAAUUCACUUUUCAGCAGGACAAUAAUCUAAAACACAAGGCCAAAUCUACACUGGAGUUAUUACCAAGAGGACAGUGAAUGUUCCUGAGUGUCCAAGUUACAGUUAUAUGGCAAGACCUGAAAAUGGUUGUUUAGCAAUUAUCAAUAACCAAUUUGACAGAGCUUGAAGAAUUUUGAAAAUAAUAAUUGGCAAGUGUUGCACAAUCCAGGUGUGGAAAGUUCUUAGAGACUUACCCAGAAAGACACAAAGCUGUAAUGGCUGCCAACGGUGCUUCUACAAAGUAUUGACUUGAGUGUGAAUACUUAUGAAAUGUGAUAUUUCUGUAUUUGAUUUUCAAUUAAUUCGCAUCCAUUUUGAAUUCAGGCUGUAACACAACAAAAUCUGGAAUAAGUCAAGGAGUAUGAAUACUUUCUGAAAGCACUGUAUGUAUUUCCAGAUAAACGCACUGCUUCAAGAGCUUCCAAAGGAUCACAUUGGAAAGCCAGUACUGAAUAACUCUCUCGACAGUGAACAGUGGGUAAGCAGACUGCAUUCAGAAUGUCACCCAUUUUUGUGGAGGCAAAGUGUAUAAUUCCUGCUAAGGCAUGAGGGGAUGCCAAGUGUGCAUUGAAUAUGGGCCUUGUCUCCACAGGAGAGGCUGGAGCAGAUCAACACGGUCCUGUCCUCAGAGUAUGAGUGUCGACGGAGGAUGCUGAUCAAACGUCUCGACGUCACUGUGCAGUCUUUCGGCUGGUCAGACAGAGCUAAGGCAGGUGGAGUCCUUGGGUGCAUCUUGAUAGUCUCAACUUUAAAGUGUCCCCUUUCACUCAGUCACUGGCGUCAUCAAUAAGUGCAUCGAUGACGUCAUCCCCACAGUGACUAUACCCCAACCAGAAGCCAUGGAUUAUAGGCAACAUCCGCACUGAGCUAAAGGGUAGAGCUGACACUUUCAAGGAGCGGGACACUAACCCGGAAGCUUAUAAGAAAUCCCGCUUGCAAACUAUUACAGACUACAAAUGGAAGCACAGCCGCGAGCUGCCCAGUGACACGAGCCUUCCAGAUGAGCUAAAUUACUUCUAUGCUCGCUUCGAGGCAAGUAACACUGAAACAUGCAUGAGAGCAUCAGCUGUUCCGGACGACUGUGUGAUCACGCUCUCCGUAGCUGAUGUACAACCUUUAAACAGAUCAACAUUCACAAGGCCGCAGGGCCAGACGGAUUACCAGGACGUGUACUCCGAGCAUGCACUAACCAACUGGCAAGUGUCUUCACUGACAUUUUCAACCUCUCCCUGUCUGAGGCUGUAAUACCAACAUGUUUCAAGCAGACCACCAUAGUCCCUGUGCCCAAGAACACUAAAGUAACCUGCCAAAAUUACUACCGACCCGUAGCACUCACGUCUGUAGCCAUGAAGUGCUUUGAAAGAAUGGUCAUGGCUCACAUCAACACCAUUAUCCCAGAAACCCUAGACCCACUCCAAUUUGCAUAUCGCCCCAAAAGAUCCACAGUUGAUGCAAUCUCUAUUGCGCUCCACACUGCCCUUUCACACCUGGACAAAAGGAACACCUAUGUGAGAAUGCUAUUAAUUGACUACAGCUCAGCGUUCAACACCAUAGUGCCCUCAAAGCUCAUCACUAAGCUAAGGACCCUGAGACUAAACACCUCCCUCUGCAACUGGAUCCUGGACUUCCUGACGGGCCGCCCCCAGGUGGUAAGGGUAGGUAACAACACAUCUGCCACGCUGAUCCUCAACACGGGGGCCCCUCAGGGGUGCGUGCUCUGUCCCCUCCAGUACUCCCUGCUCACCCAUGUCUGCAUGGCCAGGCACGACUCCAACACCAUCAUUAAGUUUGCCAAUGACACAACAGUGGUAGGCCUGAUCACCAACAACGACGAGACAGCCUAUAGGGAGGAGGUUAGAGACCUGGCCGUGUGGUGCCAGGACAACAACCUCUCCCUCAACGUGAUUAAGACAAAGCAGAUGAUUGUGGACUACAGGAAAAAGAAGAGAACCGACCAUGCCCCCAUUCUCAUCGACGGGGCUGUAGUGGAGAAGGUUGAGAGCUCCUGGGUUUCCACAUCACCAACGAACUAACAUGGUCCAAGCACACCAAGACAGUCGUGAAGAGGGCACGACAAAACCUAUUCCCCCUAAGGAGACUGAAAAGAUUUGGCAUGGGUCCUCAGAUCCUCAAAAGGUUCUACAGCUGCACCAUCGAGAGCAUCCUGACUGGUUGCAUCACUGCCUGGUAUGGCAACUGCUCGGCCUCCGACCGCAAGGCACUACAGAGGGUAGUGCGUACAACCCAGUACAUCACUGGGGCCAAGCUUCCUGCCAUCCAGGACCUCUAUACCAGGCGGUGUCAGAGGAAGACCCUAAAAAUUGUCAGACUCCAGCCACCCUAGUCAUAGACUGUUCUCUAUGCUACCACGCGGUACCGGAGCGCCAAGUCUAGGUCCAAGAGGCUUCUAAACAGCUUCUACCCCCAAGCCAUAAGACUCCUGAACAUCUAAUCAAAUGGCUUCCCAGACUAUUUGCAUUGCCCCCCCACCACUCUUUUACGCUGCUGCUACUCUCUGUUUAUUAUCUAUGCAUAUUCAGUUUAAUAACUCUACCUACAUGUACAUAUUACCCCAAUUACCUCGACUAACCGGUGCCCCCGCACAUUGACUCGGUACCGGUACCCCCUGUAUAUAGCCUCGCUAUUGUUAUUUUUACUGCUGCUCUUUAAUUAUUUGUUACUUUUAUUUCGUAUUAUUUUAUAUUGUAUUUUUGUGUGAUUUUUUGUUGUUGUUUGUAUUCUUUCUUAAAACUCCAUUGUUGGUUAAGGGCUUGUAAGUAAGCAUUUCACUGUAAGGUCUACCUACACCUGUUGUAUUCGGCGCAUGUGACAAAUAAAAUGUGAUUUGAUUCCUCAUCAGGGCACAGUGCUACCGUCCUUAAUCGGCAGGCUACACCCUUUGCUUUUUCUAUGCAGAAUCUCAUUGUGCAUGUCAUAUGCUCAACAAACUGUCUUGUCUGUCUGUUAGGAGAGAGUUGACAGCAUGGCCAGGGCCUACCAGCCUAAGAGACACUCCCUGGCCCAGUGUUCAUCUGUAGGCAUGGCUCACCUGUUGGCAGCCAGGGAGGACAUAUGCAACGUGGUGAAGACCAGCAGUGGCUCCAGCAGAGAGAAUACUGCCUGUGCUGUCAAUAAGGUACUGUAGCCUUCCAGACUGUGUAAUGUGACCCAAGGUACAUUGUGUCCAAAUGUCUGAGUGUACAAAAGUCUUGAGUCCUUAGGCCAAGUACCGGUGUAAAACCCAGCAGUGGAAUCGCACUAAUGUUGAGUUUCCAUCUUAGAUUUACCCCAGUGUUUUACCCAAAAGGCUCAGACUUUUCUGUUUCCAUCUAUGCGGGCUAGCACCCGUGUCUCACUGGACCAUGGCUCUGGUGGACCUGCUCUGACUUGGGGCCAAAGCCAAGCCACUGGUACUUUUCAGCUCGCAUUUACAUAACAAUGGCUACCUGUGAACCUUAAUACCUCACAAAGCAACUGUCUUGAUGGUGCAGAAGUUGUUGAUUCUGCUUGCCCCAAGUAUUUAGUGUCACACUCCUGAUGGAAACACAGUUAUACUAGAGCUAGCAUUAACAUAAAACACUGGGGUGGGGUAAUUCUUAGGUGGAAGUGCAGCAUAACUGACUAAAUUAAAAUGUUCUAUGGUCCCCAUCCAUUGUCCUGUCAUUGACCUACCAUUGUAUUUAUCUUCUAUAGAUCCUGAUGGGGAGGGUGCCAGAUCGAGGUGGCCGGCCCUCUGAGAUAGAUGCCCCCCUCCCUGAGAUGCCAACCUGGCAGAAGAGACAAGACGGCGGAGGGGGUUGGGGUGGUGGUCGGGGAGGUGGUGGUGGUGGUCGGGGAGGUGGUGGUGGUGGUCGGGGAGGUGGUGGUGGUGGUGGUUGGGGAGGUGGUCGAGGAGGUGGUGGUGGUAGUUGGGGAGAUGGUGGUUGGGGAGGAGGGGGUAAGGGUGGCUGGCGAGGUGGUGGAACUGGUUGGGGUCAUGGAGGAAAGAGAGGACGUUAUCAAUACUAA